UCAAAGAAUCGUAUCUUUUCAAGAUGUGUUAUUGAAGAAGUUUUAACAAAUAGGAUUUAGUCAUUAGACUUGUUGUGCGUCAUUUGAGUUUAUUGCUAAAUAACAACUGCUGUUCAUGUACUUCUAUAUUCACUUUCGCGAAUAUAUCACUUACCUGUAUGUGUUGAUAAAGUGAUGUCAAGUGCUGUUUAUUGAAAGCUACAAAAUCAGUUUUGGAUUUACACCGUACAGAACACUGGUGAUGUUUCUGGGAUAUUUAAUGCUGUAUUAACCUGUAUUUAUGUCCGGGGAAGUACGUUUCCUGUAGGCUGAAGAAUUAUCUAACUUUGAUGAGUGAAAUCUAUCAUUAAGAUAUACUUGACAUUUAGAACUUUUCCCUGUGUUGGAAAUCUUGAUCUUCCUGUAAUGUUUUGAAGAUGGCGUUAUGAUAUGGCCACUGGAUUAAUACUAGAUUUCCAUAUCUAAUGAGUUCCUGAUGACAAGUGAAAUGUGAAAAGUCAGUAUUCAAACAAUAGACGAUAUAAUAUUGUUUCCAUUCAGGUAAACCUUAUAUACAUGUUCAAUGCUUCAGCACACAUCAGAACUAUUUAGAAGUAGAUCAAUUUGACAAAUUGGUGGGAUAUUAUAAUACAAUUCGGUAAAAUGGACUCCGUGAUGUCGUGGCUCAACUCCUCUGAUCAGAAUGGAAUGGUGAGGACUCAUUUGAUUCCUAAUGGUAAUGAUGCUGACUGGAGUGAUGAGGAUGGGGUCAAGUCAGGGUCAGCUACAGGGAUUUCGGAGGCUGAGAAUGAUGACUUAAACAAAGAGAAACGGAAAGCAAUCAUCAUGGCCAAAUCACUCAAUGGCAGAAAGUUUGACCCAGUCAACGUCAUUCUGGACAAGAUUGAUGCAGAGUUGUCUUCUCUUGGUAGAUCACAGUCGAGUUCAGCCACAGGAAGCACAGUGUUAUGCAAGCCAGGGUCACGGUCAAAAAGUUCUGACGGUUCUCGUUCUGGUGGGUCUCACAAAAGUGUGUCGAGUAAGGAUGGGACAGACACAGGCCUUGGGACAGCCAGCAUCCACGAUAAUCUAUCUGAGGGCGGAGACCUUCCUCGCAUCAACGGAACAGCUGAGAUUUACAGUGAUGUCGGAGCUGGAACCACUGAUCACUACAGCGAUGAGGAUGGUAAAAAGACAGGAGCACCAAGUGACCUUGACUCCGUAACAGCACAACAGGUUGACGCAAAGUUCAAGGCCAUCCUACGCAAGAAGAAAGCAAGCCGGAAAGGUGGUUACCUUGACAACCUGAAGGCUAGCGACACUGAGACAAUAAAAACUGAAGAUUUUGAGAAUAUAUUCAAAGAUGCACUUGUAUACCAGUCAGACUCCGACACACUGGAGAACAAGUCCGAUGAGGACAGCGAUAACUUGACCGGUGAACUGACCCACAGCGGAGCGGAGACUCCGACCAAGGCUGACCUGUCCUGGGAUUACUAUGAUACUGACCAAUCCAAAGCAAGCAAAAGUGUUGAGGGAGAAGAGCAGCUCCACUCUCCCUCUGGACCCUCACAGAACAGACCCAACUCUCCAUCCAGGAUAUCCUCCAGUUUACAUCAUUAUCAAUCGGAACGUCCGGUAACUGAAAACACGUCCAGUCUACCUUCCCGGAAUGGAGACAUACCACAGACUGAAGACAGACUUCCCACACAGCCCAGAGGUAAACUUAGACCAUCAUCAUUUCAUGGAGCUCGAUCGUCACCGCGACGACAGACUGGGUAUUCCAGAAGAAAACUUGGUAACAUCAGUGAUGCGGACUCUAUCAAGACUGAGGAUUUUGAGGUGAAAUUUCAGGAACUUGUCUUUCGACCUUCAGCUGAUAGUGAAACUGAGCAUACAGACAAUGACCCUCUACACGCCAAGGUCAAAGAGAUUCUCAAGGUCACGGCUCCAUUGAUGCUGCUGAAGGGACAAAUUAAAUGGUUAGAUCGACAGAAGAAAGAAAAGAAACAAAAUGGCCAUGUGAAAAUAGAUGAACGUUCAUCACAGAAGUCAUCUAAAAGGUCACCGAUCAAGACCACGUCCUCAGUGGAUGACGUACGUCGAGAGAUUGAUCGAGAGUCGUCUAGGAUUCAGCAGGAGAUAGAGAAUGAGCGCCGAUCCAAUUCACCAGCGUCUAGGAGGGAUUCUAAAUCCCCAACACGGACAUUACUGGACCUUGGCUCUAGCAUGGAUAAGCCUGCCUACAAUCAACUGAGCAGUGAAAAGUCUGGAGGUCAUGAUACUCUCAAAGAUGUCUCCUACCCCGUGGGCCGAUCCAGUCCCACUUUACAAGACUACGAAGACUCUGGCUACAAAACCCCGCCGAGGGCCCGCAGCCCAAUUCUACGAGCCCGAGAUAGGAUCAGUGGCAUGCCUCCAAUGCAUCCCAGAUCUGUCACAUCUUCAAGAGAGGACCCUCAAAGGACAGUUUCUUCUUCAAGGGAAGAACCAUUCCGAUCAUCAUCCCCUAAUCCAAAGUCUAGAACUUCUCUCCCAUCUCCUAGACUUGAUUCCUCAUUCCCUGAUCCCAAGAGAUCAGUUUCGCCCAUCCUUAGAAGUGGCAGCUCAUCAUUCCAGGAACAGGAUCCUUCCUCAAGCUUCUCCAGUUCCCGUGCUGGCCAGGAGGAUGAAGCGUAUUCUCAUGGUCCGGAGCUUGUGCUGCCUGUCACCGCAAAAUACCAGGACUUGUCAGUGCUCCGUGCUCGUUCUCUCAGUCCUAAAGCCAGUGACAGACCAAGGAGUCCUCUACAGGGUGUGCUUAAAGACAGCACCUCCCUAACAGGGCCACGUCCAGCCAGUCCCCGGCCAGGACUCGACCACUCCACAAGAUCAGAACUGUCUGUGUCCUUCCAAGAUCAGCUCCCUUCAUCAUCACAGAGGUCAAAGGCAAGGUCGCAGUCUGUUGAGGGUCGUCUGGUGUCAGACUUACAGGGAGACAGCAGUAAUUUCAGGUUUAACCACAGACGCAGGAACUCUUAUGACCCAGGGGUGGAUUCUGCGGAGGAGAUGGAAAAUAGCCGGGGUACAUGGAAGGCUUCCAGGGCUGAGCUCCAAAUAGCCGAGAAAAAGCUGAAGGGUGUCAACGCACAGAUCGAGGAUGCUAAGACCCAGUUGAUGCUGACUGAGUUUAAGCGCGAGAACCUCCUGAAGGACUACGAACGAAUGUCUGAAGACCUUCAGAGGAAGAAGAAGGAGAUGAAAGAAAUAGAAGACAAAGAAAGGGCUCGUAUUGGAGACAGGAGGUGUCCCGACAUGAGUGACGACAGGACUAACGAACUUGUGAAGGAGAAUGACAGCCUCAAGAUUCGUCUGCGACAGAUGGAUGGUCUAGAGCUGGAACGAGAUGAAGUGGUCCGUCAGCUGGAGCUUGCUAAGGAAGACUUGUUCAAUGAGCACCGUAAAGCUCGCAAGGAAAAGGAGGACCUCAAGGAGGAGAUCGAGACACUGAACAUGAAGUUAGAGGAGAGACAUGAUGGUGAUGACGUAGCGUUACGUCUACAUAAGAUGGACACGGCUUACAGACGGAUGGAAAAGGAGAAAAAUGAAAUCAUCCAUGAGAAGACAAAACUGUAUGAAGACCUACGUGAGAAGUCCAGGUACAACAUGGCCGAAACAAAACGCAAUGUCUCCAGGGAAUCUGGGGAGAUGAAGAACGAGAUUGAUGAUCUAGGUCGUAAGGUCAAUCAUCACCAGGAGGCCAUAAAGGAGCGAGACAACAUUAUAGCUAAUCUCAGUGAGAGAAGUUCUGAUCUCAAUCAGAAACUAACAAGGGAGAUAACCGCCAAGGAGAGCAUGAUGGAGGAUCACAAGCGUACACUGCAGAAUCUCAGGAAGGAGAUGGACUCGGCCAUGGUCCAACUGAGAGAAAACAUGUUCCUCGACAAACAGCAGGCUCUAGAGACCCUUCGUCGAGAACUGGAACAGGAACGUCGUGACACCACGAUGCGUGCCGAUGACAAACUGUCACACCACAUCACAGAACAUGUCAACCUUGUCAAGUACAAACAGGCCAAAGAGGAUGAGAUAUCACGGUUGAUUGACUUGGUGAAGAAACUGGAGGAGGAGCGCCGAGACACUGAGAGGACUUUAAGAGGAAGAGGCUCGAGAGGAGAUUCGUACCCAAGUACAGCGAGAGGCUCAGUCCCUUCAGGCUGACCAUCGUCUUCAAAUGUCCCGAGAGCGUGAACAUAUGGAGAAGGAGACCAAGGUGACCCUUAGGAAACUGACCAAUGAGCUGGACGAAGAGAGACGACAGAGAGAACACUGUACAGAUAGAAUAGCGCGUCUGACCAAGGACUUAGAGGAAGGCAAGCAGCAGAAUAAACAAGCCAUGCAUGAUAAAAUGGUCGCUGUGGCAAAGGCCAAAGACAAUCUUCGCAAUGAAAUGCAGACAGAUUUUGAUAAGGU